AGGGUAAAAACGCAGAUUCAGGAUUCCCAGCGCCUUUUCUCCUUUUCCACUCCUCAACACACCACUUCUCCCCCGUUGUCCCCUCACAGUAAUUGCGGUAGACUUCACCUUCUUCAUUCUGCUAUUUUCUUUGAUUUCUGAUUUCUCUUGGGUAUCUUUCCCCCCCCCCCCCCUCCCCCGCGCCCCUUUUUUUUUCAGGGAUAUCACUUCUUUUUCUUUGACUUCCACUUAGAAAUCCCUAGUUUCUCAGUGGCCAUGGAUCCACAACCCGAACCAGUGAGCUACAUCUGUGGAGAUUGUGGUAUGGAGAAUACCCUGAAACCUGGUGAUGUGAUUCAGUGCCGAGAAUGUGGUUACCGCAUCCUUUACAAGAAGCGUACACGGAGAAUUGUUCAAUAUGAAGCACGCUGAUUAGAGCACAAGGAUGGGAUGACUGGUGCUUUACAUCAACUACAUGAUUUCUGACUCCUCAACAGUAAUGCAAAACCGUUCAUAACUAGAAGUUGGUCUAUUCUGAGAAACUUUGAGUAAUUUUGUAUUGCCCACUCGUGUGGAGCGGUUCUCUUUGCUAGAUCAAUGAUGGAUAGGUGAAUCCCAGUAUUGGGAAGUCGAUGAUUCUUGUUUUUUGCCUAUUGAGUUCAUGGCUUAACUAAUGUUGGUCUUAUACUCAUGUGAAAAUAUAAUGCAAGGUGGUUGUGGAUUCUUUGUGUUCUAA